UGAUUUUCAUCAUUUCUAUAAACCAAUUGGGCUUUUUUUCAAAUUAGAAUCGUGUUGUUGUUUUCGUUAAUAAUUGCACAAUCUAAAGGUACUUUGUUUAAACUCGAAUUAAUAAAAAUACAUGCAUAAUCCUAAGAGGUGCUCUUUAAUUUUGUCUGAUAGGAUUUUUAAGAAAUUAAGUUCCUAAUUUCGUUGGCAAAAAGUUAAUUGUGUUUCAACUAAAACGAUUUUUUAUACAAAAAAAUUAUGUGUUUUUUAUGUAUCAUCGUUGUAAUAUAAACAAAGCUUCAGAGGCUCAUUGUAUGCCAUUCUUCUCUUUUCCGAGUGAAUGCAGGUGAUGGCGGUGGCUUGAACCGAUCAGCGUCAAUGCCAAUAAUACUUUUUGCUAUGUUUAAUCGAUGACGCCACAGCACACUAACGAAAAGGAUGCGUUGUCAAUGUGUUAUAUGUACGGACCAUUUCGAGGGUGGGUCAGACAUUUCCAGUGUUCCUUGCGGUCACACUUUUCAUGCAGCAUGUUUAGACCGAUGGCUAAAGUCCAAUCCGACCUGCCCAACGUGCCGAAUACGUGUAAAGCUACGCGAGGUUCGCAAAAUCUUCUUAAUGUCGCUAGAUGAUACUAUAACAGAUUCGGGAAAAAUUGAAAACGAACUAUCAAAUGCUUAUACCAGAAUUCACGAAUUGCGACAGCAGGUAGCCACGCAAGAGGAGAACUCCGAACGACUAAAAGGCUUCUUCACAGCGAAAGAAGCUGAAGUAAACAAGUACAAGCAAAAGUGCUUCACUUUAUCAGACGAAAUCAAGGCUCUAAAAGCGAAAACUAAAACGUUCAAGGCGCACCUUCUGGAGAAUCAGCAACUUCAUGAAACCAUUACCGGUCUGAGGGACACAAUUGAAAAGACGAAUCACCUGAAAACUAUAUUGGAUGGUACGACAGCACAAGUUGAAGAACUGCUGACGGCGUAUGGUCCAAGCGAAAAUUCAAUGAGGCAAAUAGCCACAUACUGUGUACUUCUCAAACGGGAGUUGACGUCAGCUAAAUCCGAGGUCCGGAUUAUACGUAAGGACGUAUCCGACUUGAACCGGCAGCUAGCUCUAAAAGACGGCGAGAUUGCUGAAAGGAGUAGAAAACUUGAGGCGGCUAGCGCAGAAAUAACAAAGUUCAAGGAGCAGUGUACCAAACUCGCAAAUCAACUGGAGAAUCUGCCAGACGGAUGCCAUAUGCCUUGCGGGUCAAAACGGCUAUGCGAUGGACAAUCAGCCGAAAGCAGGGAACAUGUUAGGAAAAAAACAAAACUUGAUUCGUCGUUGGACAUCACAGUUGUGCCAAGUCCCCCAGUAUUGAAACAACGGAUGGGUUUCCUCGCCGACAAAGAGCCAGUGGAUGGAAAAAAAAUAUUUCCAUUGGCAUUGUUAGGUUACUCGAAAAUGAAGAUCGUAUCUGGCGUGAAGAAGCCAACGCCGAAAACCCAGGGCGACGUCAACGAUGAUCAACUCUUGGAAAUGGUAAUGAGCAAGUCGAGCAGUCGGAACGACAGAGACAGCAAGAUCCGCACUGGCUACAACGGGCUCGGAGGCCACAGCAACCAUAUCCAAAAUGAAAAAAAAACUAUUUGGUGAUCUGUUAAUUUGUUUCAAGAUUCAUAUAAUUCAGAUAAUUCGUAUAAUACAUGAAAGGAAAUAAAAAGAUAACUAAGAUGCCGUUAAGUAGAAGUUGCUGUAGCUAGAAGAAAGCGCUAGUUUUGAACGUGUCCCGUCAGCUUGGAAGUUGUAUAGCUCUCUUAAGCUAAAUUUCGCCGCCGCCCUAUAUAUAUAUGGCGAUGUUGGGUUUGGUUGUGUAAAGCAGUCUCACGUAUCACAAUUAACACUUAGCGUUGUGAAUGCUUUUGGAUGUGGGCUGUCAAACGAUUUAUUAAUGCCAUGCUUUACACGAACUUUGUACAAAUGUAGAUCAAUCGGUUACAUGAUAGAAAUUUCUCAAUAGGUAGCAACAUUGAGUGUCACAUAUUU